AUAAAUGUCAAAACUAAAUGGAGCUAUCCUACAUUAGUUUUGUUUCCCACCCCACUAUCUUCUCUGUCCCUUCGAUCGCUCUAGAUUUGCUUUCACAUAUCCACCCGUGUGCCUCCAUUAAUGCCCUCUUCCCUCCUCCGUCCUUUUAACCCCCCUCUCUCUCUCUCAAAUUGAACACUGUUCUACGAAAAGAGAGUAUGCAGUUUAUGGACUCGAUGGCUUUUCUCUGUCUAAUUCUUUCUUCCAUUCUCUCUCUUCUCAUCUUCAACUUCAUCUUCCUCCGCACCGUCCAUUUCCGCCGGCGGAGGCUCCGGCUUCCGCCGGGAAAUAUGGGUCUCCCCUUUGUCGGAGAGACUCUCCAGCUCAUCUCUGCGUACAAGACCGAAAACCCGGAACCCUUCAUCGACGACAGAGUAUCCAAAUACGGCACCGUCUUCACCACCCAUGUCUUCGGCGAACCCACCGUGUUCUCCGCCGACCCAGAAACAAACCGGUUCAUCCUCCAAAAUGAAGGGAAGUUAUUUGAAUCGAGCUAUCCCGGUUCGAUAUCGAACUUGCUCGGAAGGCAUUCUUUGCUGCUUAUGAGAGGAAGUCUCCACAAGAGAAUGCAUUCUCUCACCAUGAGCUUCGCCAACUCCUCGAUUAUUAGAGACCAUCUGUUGGUUGACAUAGACCGGUUGGUCCGGGUCAGCUUGCAGUAUUGGACCGGUCGAGUACUCCUCAUGGAAGAAGCCAAGAAGAUUACGUUUGAGUUGCAAGUGAAGCAGCUAAUGAGCUUUGAUCCUUGUGAAUGGACUGAGAACCUCAUGAAAGAGUACAUGCUCGUCAUUGAAGGGUUCUUCACCAUCCCUUUAUCCAUCUUCUCCACCACCUACCGCAGAGCCAUCCAGGCAAGGGGUAAGGUGGCUGAAGCUUUAAUUUUGGUGGUAAGAGAAAGGAGGAGGGAGAGUGAGAGAGGAGAGACAAAGAGUGACAUGUUGGCGGCGCUAUUGGACGGAGAUGGUGGCUUCUCCGACGAGGAGAUAGUGGACUUCUUGUUGGCUCUGCUCGUCGCCGGUUAUGAAACCACCUCUACCAUCAUGACUCUCGCCGUUAAGUUCCUCACUGAAACACCCCUUGCUUUGGCUCAACUCAAGGAAGAGCAUGAUGAGAUCAGGGCAAGAAAGUGUGAAUUGGAGGCUCUGGAAUGGGAGGAUUACAAGUCCAUGCCUUUCACUCAAUGUGUUGUGAACGAAACUUUACGCGUUGCCAACAUAAUAAGCGGGGUAUUUAGGCGAGCAAUGACAGACAUCAAUAUAAAAGGUGAGAGAAAACAAAUCCCCGUGUCAUUUUCAAAGAAGAGCACUUGGCAAGGCGCUAUGUCUUAACUCGGGUACGAGUAAAGAUAAAAAAGAAAGAUUGUAUCCAGUGUAUAAGGUCUCGCUUAUAAAGUUUAAGAAAGUUAAGUAGUAAGUAGACUUAUCCUUGGAGAGAUUGAUUUUCGAACUUAACCCACAAUGUAUCUCUUGAGGGAUGAGCACGUAACGUUGCUCUAGGUUUUAAGUGUCUAAUCUGAUCCUGAGUUACUGAAAUAGUAUGGGGCAAUAGGAAAAACAGCUCUUAAAACACAUUUAUUUUUGCGAAACGUAACCUGAAAACAGACUACAUGAGAGUGAUAGAAAAGUAGAGAACAAGCAAUUGAUAUGUUAAACAACUUGAUAUUCGCAAUUGAUGGAGAUAAACAUAGAGAUCAAACCCGAAUCUUUGUGAGAUAUUACUUUUCACUAAAUGUUCAUCUUUCCUCUCCAUCCACGAAGGUUACACAAUUCCAAAAGGAUGGAAAGUUUUUGCCUCCUUUCGAGCUGUACAUCUCAGUCAAGACCACUUCAAAGAUGCACGCUCUUUUAAUCCAUGGAGGUGGCAGAGCAAUUCAGGAGUAACAAGCUCAGUGAAUGUCUUCAAUCCAUUCGGAGGGGGUCCAAGACGAUGUCCAGGGUACGAGCUUGCCCGAGUGGAACUCUCUGUUUUCCUUCACCACCUAGUCACUCGUUUCAGUUGGCUUCCCGCGGAAGAAGAUAAGUUGGUUUUCUUCCCAACCACGAGGAUGCAGAAGCGCUACCCGAUCAUUGUUCAACGACGACAUGUGCCGAAGCCAUGUAAAGAGAUGGAACAAAGCCAACAGUAGAAAAAAAAAUGGUUGAUCAAGAGUGUAGGAAGCAAAGCUGUGGCCUGCAAAUUGAAAUAAAUGCAAUUAUAUUAGUAGUAGUUUUAGUACAUAGUUUUAGUAUAUACAUAAGAUUGAUUCUAUACAAAUGGCUUGGGGGUGGAUCUAAUUAUCAUUAGAAAAUGGAAACAAGGCAGCUUUGUAUUGUCUGACCCAAGUACAGCAAUGCACAGUGGGCACUUUGGAGAAUUAUUUCUACAUUAUUGGAAGGGAAUCGAAGAAAGUUUAGUACCCUACUCUGGUUUGGAGCAUUAAGAAAAUGGUUCCCUGAAUGGUUGUCAUGAGUAAGAUUGCAUUUGCAAUGUGCGCAAUAUGUUUUUUUAAGUGCAGGGUCCAUUUUGUUUUCAUCCUCGAGCUCCUCAAGUGAUGCUUACACUUUUCAUUCUUCUGGGGCCUAGCCAAUGAAGUAAUAUGUGAUAAUCAAAUAGACAUGGUAUGUGUGUAUGUGAUAAAUAAAUCAAAAAUUUCUUUAAAAGUUUUGAGUCUUAGAGACCGUGUUUCUGCAGAUAGAUCUGAUCAUUCC